UAAGUACUCCCCCCUCCUCCUCCUCCUCAAGCUUGGCUUUCCGUGCUUGUUAUCUCUCUCUGUGAACCAUUUGUUCGUUCAUCUUCCUCCGCUCUGCCAGUGCUACCUCUUUCCUUCCACGUUCAGAGGUACAAGCAAGCAAGCAAGCAAGCAAGCAAACAAGUCGUCCAAGAGCAAACUCCGUCCAAUUCCAAUGGCCUCCGCUCCCACCUCCGCCUUCUCCGCCAAGGCCCACCCCUCCCCACGUCUAUCUGCCAUCGCCCUUCGCACCGCCCUCUCCCCCCGCUCCCUCACCCUUUCCCGUCGCCAUGCCAGCGCGUUUCCCACCUUGAUCACUCACUCAAGGACCCUCGUCGUCUCUGCCACAGCCACCGAGAUGCCCCAGAAGGCCAAGGGAUUCGUGGAUGAGAUGAGGGCUGUCGCCAUGAAACUACACACCAGGGAUCAGGCCAAGGAGGGCCAGAAAGAACCCCAGGGACAGCCUGUCGCUAAGUGGGAGCCCACCAUCGAGGGCUACCUCAAGUUCCUCGUCGACAGCAAGCUCGUCUAUGAUACCCUUGACUCCAUCCUCCACAAGGCACCCUAUCAAUGGUAUGCUGAAUUCUGGAACACAGGCCUGGAGAGAUCUGAGAGCUUGGCUAAAGAUCUAGAAUGGUUUAAGGAACAAGGUCAUAUCAUUCCUGCACCCUCUUCUCCCGGACUCUCUUAUGCUCAAUAUCUUGAAGAGCUCUCUGAAAAUGACCCUCAAGCAUUUAUCUGCCACUUUUACAAUAUUUAUUUUGCUCACACUGCUGGUGGGCGUAUGAUUGGUAAAAAGGUCGCGGAGAAGCUAUUGGAUAACAAAGAGUUAGAAUUCUACCAGUGGGAAGGCAACCUUUCCCAACUGUUGCAGAAUGUGAGAGAGAAAAUCAACCAAGUUUCUAAUAGCUGGUCUAGAGAAGAGAAGGACCACUGCUUGGAAGAGACUGAGAAAUCAUUCAAGUACUCGGGAGAAAUACUCCGCCUAAUACUAUCAUGAUCCCAAGGAUCUGUUAUUUGUUCACUCUGCAUGCAGUAUACCUGCUGAAACAAUCCGUGUGUAGAAUUUACUCAGAACAAAUGAGUGAAUUAUGUUAAUUUCUGUUAUCUGUUUGAGUGUCCAUGCCUGUGAUGGUAAUUAUGAGAAGGAAUGCGCUUAUUUAUUUA